GUUCUUUUAUUAUUAUUAACCAUGCUUUCUACUGUUACACGUUCUACUAUCAAGUCAAGUGCUUUCAAGUCUUCUCUUCGUCCUUUGACAUCAAUUCGUACCAAGGUUACUUUACCUGACCUUCCUUAUGAUUAUGAUGCACUUGAACCUUAUAUCAAUACAGAAAUCAUGAAGCUUCAUCACUCUAAACAUCAUCAAGCCUAUGUAAAUGGGUUCAAUCAAGCUGAAGAGAAGCUUCAAAACGCCUUCAAGGCCCAUGAUUUAAAGGAACAACUUAGUCUUCAAAAUGCACUUAAAUUCAAUGGGGGUGGACAUAUCAACCAUUGUCUCUUUUGGGAAAAUUUAUCACCUAAAGGGAAAGGAGGUGGAGCAGUUCCUACGGGUGCUUUAGCUUCUGCUAUUGAAAAGGAAUUUGGUUCCUUUGAUGAAUUUGUAAAACAAUUUAAUGCUGCUGCUGUAGGCGUUCAAGGUUCUGGCUGGACAUGGUUGGGUUAUAACAAGGCUUAUAAACGUCUUGAAAUUGCCACUACGCCUAAUCAAGAUCCUUUGCUCCACUUGACUCCUCUUUUAAGCGUAGACGUUUGGGAACAUGCUUAUUAUUUGCAAUAUAAAAAUGUACGUCCUGAUUAUCUUAAAAAUAUUUGGGAAGUAAUCAACUGGGAAACUGUCGCUGAACGUUUUGCUAAGGCUUCUUAAAUAUUUUCAUAUAAAUAAUAAACAUCU